AUGAAAGUUUUAGCUGCCCUGUUGUUACUUUGUGCUGUCGUUGCAGCUGAAAGGAGUAAAAGACAAGCAUAUGGAAAACCACCCGGUGGAUAUGGAGGAGGAGGGGGAGGAGGAGGAGGUGCACCUUCAUAUCAAGGACAAUACGGAGGCGCUCCACCUAGACAGGGAGGUGGACCAGGAAGAUCACAAUAUGGAGGAGGACCAUCUUAUGGAGCAGCUCCAGGAGGUGGACAGGGUGGCGGUUACGGCCAGCAGCAAGGGGGUUACGGUCAGCAACAAGGGGGUUAUGGCCAACAACAAGGCGGAUAUGGCCAACAACAACCUCAAGAAGAACCAACUCCGGAUCCUUUGGCCGAAUUACUCUCCGGUUCUAAAUUCAGUUGCUCCAGUAAAAAGGAUGGUUACUAUGCCGAUAACAGUGUCAGUUGCCAAGCUUUCCAUUAUUGUGUCGGUGGUGCCAAACAUUCUUGGAUGUGCCCUUCGGGAACAGUUUUUCAUCAAGUUCAUUUGAACUGUAUUCAGAAAAGUGACGAUAACAACGCGUGCAGUAAUGCAGAAAAGUUCUACUUCGUCAAUGAUUAUUUAAACAAGCCUUUAGAUCAGAAAGGACCAAAUAACACAGUAAGAUAUCAUCAACGAUAUUAUCCAGAUGGAUUCAUAUUGGGAGAUCCACUCACUCCUCCACAACAAGGGCAGCAGCAACAAGCAGCUGGAGGAUACGGUGGUGCCCCCAAUCAAGCACCUCAAGGUUCACCUUACGGUGCACCACCAGCUGGGGGCCAAAGUUCCUACGGUGCACCACCAGCGGGAGGCCAAAGUUCCUACGGCGGUCCUCAGGGAGGAGCGCCUCCUAGUUCUUAUGGUGGUGGACCUUCUUCUCCAUCUUUCGGAAGACAAGGCGGCCAUUAUAAUCCACCUUCUGGAGGCUAUUCCUCUCCAUCAGCUAGAGCACCAUCGCCUUCAGGUUUCGGUGCCCCACCCUCUUACGGUUCUUCAUCCGGACCUUCUAGUUCUCCCAAUAAUGGUUUCCAAAGUCCUCCUCAGAAACCAGCAGGAGGAGCAUCUCAGUAUCCUAAAUUGCCCGAACUUCCAAAUAUCGACUUCUCCAAAUUGCUUCCUAAACCUCAACCCCAACCCCAACAACAACAGCAAGCGGGCUAUCAAGGAGGUCCACCACCAGGCCAUGCACCAGGAGGCCCAGGGGGCCCAGGCGGUCCAGGAGGCUAUAGGGGUGCUCCCUCGUACGGUGGCCAACAAGGCCCAUCUCCUCCUAGGUAUGGAAGAUACUAAAAAAAUAUCUCAGUCAUUAUUGUAAGAUAAAUUUAUCGUCGCAACAAUUUUUGCUUCCACUUAUAAGCAUCUAAAGAAAUAUUUAUUUUAUUUUUUAAAGCUUUAAACGAUUUACC